UGCUACUGACUUUAGUCAGUAGUAAGAAGAUUUUUUGUACUCGUAAUAUUGCCGGCCUCUUAUAUUUGUUUUUUUGGUUUUUUUUUAGUAGUCAAUCAAUUUAAUUGGAAAAAGUAUUUCGUUUAAGUUCAAUAUGGUAUUAAAGUGUAUCCUAAGUGGCUUCGUUAUUCUUGGAUUUUUUGGAAUUAUUCAAGGAGCUUCCACGAAAUCAUCUACUGCAGGAAUGGAAGAAAAACCAGCAAAUUUAACAGCUAUCAAAUGGGCUCAUGCGGCAAAUGAUUACACUUUAUUAAAAAAGGCUCUUGAAUCUAAAGUUGAAAUGAUUGAAUCUGAUUGUUUAAUGGGAACCUUAUUUGAAGACAAAACUAAAGUUAUUCCAAUUAUGUCGCAUCCACCAAAAAAUGAAUCCGAUAUUUCAUUAGAAUAUUAUUUGCAAAAUAUUACUGAGUAUAACGCGAAAAAUCCUAACUCUCAAAAAGGUAUUAAACUAGAUUUCAAAAGUAUUGAAGCUUUCGAAAACGGGAUUGAAACUAUAAAAAAUCAUAGUAAAAUUAUAAAAAAAAUGUGGUUUAAUGCGGACAUUUUGAAUGGACCAGGAAAUCCUCAGAAUCCUCCAGUAGAUGCGUUAAGAUUCUUAAAAACAGCAAAGGAAAUCAGUGAUAAUAAUACGUUAUCAAUUGGUUGGACAACAGAUUUAGUAACAGAUACAUCAAAAGUUAAAUAUGAAGAAAGCCAGAUUAAUCAAAUGAUAUCGUUAAUAAAGGACAAUGGCAUUGUAAACAGAUCUAUUACCUACCCAGUAAGAGCUGUAUAUGCUGCAAAUAGUGAAAAUGAGUUAAAAGAUUUGUUAAUUAAAACUGCUGCAACUAAUAACAAUGGAACACUAUCGAUUUGGUCAGCAGAUAAGGAUAUACCUUCGGUUAAUAUUAAAAAAUUACGUGACUUAAUUUUAAAUAUUGGUGUUCAUCAGGUGUAUUUAGAUGUUCCAACAGGUCUUGAACGCGAGUUACGCCUUAACUCUUCAGGAUCUCUUAAAGCUUCUUUUAUAAACUUUACAAUAAUUUCGAUUGUAUUGGUUUUCCUAAGCGAAUAUUUAAAAUGAAUUAAAUUUAUUUAAGAAAAGUUGUUAAUAUUUAUAAGCAAAAAUUUUAUUUUUUUUUUGUUCUGGAAAUAUUUUAAAACACACCCCUAUGUAAAUGUAAAUAAGUGAUUUUGAAAGCUUUAAAUGUUCGCUUAGAAUUCAUAGAAAAAUUUUUCAAAACCUUCUUCCAUUUUUAAACCAAAAAUAAAUAUUAAGUUUGUGUUAGUUACGAUUUUAAUUUAUAAGUUUCUGGCUAAAUAAAUUUUGUUUUAAAUCCAUA